AGUGGACAUCUGCCGCCAGGUCUCAGUGAGGCUGACCUGAGCUCUGAGGAUGAUGAUACUGAUGAAGGAGAAACAGCAGAAAACACACAAGGCGAGCAGCUAUCACGUCAGUCAGACACAGAGUCACAUUCAGCUUGUGUACAGGUUGAAUGUAAUAACACAAAAACUGGUUUGCACAAUGAUGCAUUUGGGGAUGAUUGUCUUCCUGGAGUUUCCUUGGAUAAGUGGCAAAAGUUCAAAGAGCUCCAGAGAUCGAAGGAACCACAAACAAAGCGGAAAAGGAAAAGGCGCCACAAGAAAGGUGGGACACAGAAUUGUGACACUGAGCAGAAAAGGGAGCCUGAAGAGAAACGGGAGGAGCACUGGAAGGAGCUCACGCAGUAUUUUGGCAUCAAUGAUAGACUCAAGCCGCCUCCUUGUAGCAGACCUCCUCGCAUGUCAGGCCUGGAAAAGAGCAUAGAGAGUGCCAUCGCUGAAGGGGACUAUGGGAAGGCGGAAGAACUGAGUGACAGACUUGCUACUCGAGAGCUGGCCGUGAAAAUCGCACAAGCCGCCGAUUGCCGUGACUUCGCCCGCACCAAACAGGAAGCGGAGGCUUCCCAGGCAGCCCGAAAAAGGAGGAAGCAAAUCGCUUGGGGGUUUGAAGCAAAGAAAAGAUGGGAAACCAAAAGCAAUAUGGGAUUCAUGUGACAUUCGCUGCAGUUGAAACAUUUCUAUGAAGAUGAGUAAAGAUUUGACGUGUUGAUAAUUGAUUAUAAAGGUAAUCUUUUUAUAAUACAGUAUUGUUGCAUUCAAAUUUAUUGCCAUUUACCAUUUUAUUUCUUUCUGAAUCAGUUCUUUGGUCAUUCAUUCAGAUUUGUGGGUCAUUUUUUUUAUGUAGCUAAAUAAAUUACAUAAGCACACCAUUAUUAGAUUGGUUGUUAUUGUAUGUAUUUUCGUUUCUUUUCUCAUAAUUAAAUCUGGCGUGUACAGCCACGCACGCCAUUUAUUUACUGCCGUAAGUGGGUUAAUCAGGAGCCGCUUUUUUUCUUCCAUGGAGGUAUGGAGCGAGGGAAGAGAAAGGAGAGAUUAGGGGCCUAAUGCAAUGUACAGGAUAAUAUGCAAUAGGAUUUGCCUGGGCAAAAUGAAAUUUGUCGGCUGUAAGGAGGUUUGAGCAGUCAUAAACGAGGAGUUUAGUCGGGUUCGAGUGUAAGAUGACUGUGUGUG